CUCUGCUAGGAUAUAUCAAACACUUUAUGUAAUACCUUGAUGGAGAGAAUUUAUAAAGAGAACGUUUGUUUACGUUGAAGUCGGAAUCUGCUGGAUUAAUAUGUAGGUUAACGAGGAAAGUGCAAAGACGGGAUUUUAAAUAUUUUAAUUAAAAACAAAAAUAACAACAAAACAACAACAACAAAGAACCCGUCAAAAACACGAUAAUUUGAGGAUAAUCGAACAAAAUGGAUGAAAAUAGCAGUCGGGAUGAUUUUGUUGCACCAACUGUACCAAGUAACAGACGAACAUCUUUGUCGUCUAGCGGAGGAACGCCUUUAAGUUCUACGUCAACAAUGAGCGCCCGUCGGCUGUCGUCGUCGGAUGCCGGAGAGAAGAGCGAUUAUCGUAGGCUACAGAAUGAAAUGCAAAUCAUGACGUUUAAAGUUCGAGCUCUAGAGGAGAAGGUGGAGAAAAUUGUGAAAGAAGCCGGGAUAAACUUACAAAAUGGUCCAACAGGACGUGGGGUGGCAUUCACCGCCCGCUUGAAGGAACAUGUUACUGUACGCUCACUUGAGACCAUCAAAUUUGACGAUGUUUUAACAAACAUUGGCAAAUCGUACUUCCCUAGCACCGGAGUAUUCAAGGUUCCGUAUUCUGGACGGUAUUUGUUCUCUCUUACAGUGCGCGCGCAAUACCAAAAGCAAGUGUGUGCGGAAAUUAUAGCUGAGCCGCACGUGAUUGGUCAGUUAGCGGCAGGUGAUAGCGAGAUUGAGCGAGCCUCGGCGUCGAUAACUGUUGUCGUCUCGUUACAAGCUGGCGACGAGAUUUACGUUCGGGAGUCGAAACCUUGGACUGGAAAUUUAUUCGGCGAAGGGUAUACAUCGUUUACGGGAAUUUUGUUGCAGUGAUUGACUAUUUACAAGGAAAUAAAUACUUGAUGAUACUGUUUGAACAUCCAAGCUAUGUAAUGACGUCAUUGUUUGAACAUGAUACGCUCCAACAUUGUGUGUUGGAAAUUUUAUAUGAUGACAUGAUUAUAUGUUUGUGUUGCUUUUAUACUGUUCAUAGUUGCUUAUUCCUGAUGUUUUAAAAUGUUAAAACUUUUAAAAGCUUAUAUAAUUAUAACUUGUCUUCUUCCAGUAACUCUGUUAACUUUAAAUGUUAAAGACCAACAUCCUAAUCUGAUUUUCUUUUUAAAGAAAAGCUUUGAAUUUUAUAUUAAUGUUUAAAAAGUUGAAAACAUGCCAUGUGAUUGACCUAUUUUCUCCUCCACAUUUUGGUGUUAUAGCGCACAUCUGGAUCAGCGAUUAUUUUUCUUCAUUACCACUAUACCGCUUUUAAUACACAUGUCGCAAUUAUUUUGUUCUUAAGACGUAUGCAUUACCAUAAUUCCGCUUUUAGAACACAUGCCGCAAUCAUUUUGUUCUUAAACUGUACAUUACCACUAUAUGGCUUGCACCCAUUGCGGGCGGAUGGCGUCCGGUUUUGUCCGGAAUAUACCGGUAUCUUCUACCUGAAUCAAUUGAUAUUAUGAGACAUGCGGAACACACAUUCUUCAUGAGUUGAGACAUUUCAAUUUAACCUGGCAAAAUUAUUUACCAGUUUAAAGGCAGUGUUGCGCACUAAAUUCAGCUGCUAUGGUGAAGUUUACAAAUGGUUAAAGUCAGAGAAAGUAUGAAAGUGUGGCAAUACGACAAUUAUGUCAUCAUGAAUUGAAGCAAUUUAGUAGUAUCACACAUGUUCACUGACAUAAUACUACAACGUCAUGAGACAAGGUCGCACUUAGAGAUCAAAGAAAAACGCUUGUCCCCAGCAAAGCUAAUUCAUGCAUUGACGUAUUUCAACUUCAUGCACAGAUAUUUUAAUGACUAUAGCUUCACCAUUGUGAGCAGAUCAAAAGUCAAGUUAAUUCACACCUGAAGGUCAGAGGGAAGGAAAGUCCGCAGCUGCAAUACACAAUCCUGUAUACUGAGGGUCCUAUUUCGUGAGUUGGUUGUUUGGGGUGUAAUACCGCAGCACAAUUGUUACAUUAAACUAGAUGGUUAGAUGGAAUAGAAGUGUUUCAUAUUCAUAACUCAUAACUCUUAAUUAUCAUUAUUAUUUUAUAAAUUGUUACAUAUGUUUAUCAAAUCACAUGUGCGUAAUUUUUAUUUUUUUUUACUAUCGAAACAGCAACAGCGACAUCUAUGAAGAUGAUUUGUUAACAGAACAGUUCCAAUUUCUGUUACAAAUUGCUGUUGUUGUAAUGCGUUUGCACGCAAUUUAUCCAUUUACGAUGAAAUGUGUAUUUUUGUUGUAUGAAUAUAUGUUAUGCUGUUCAAU